AUGCUCUCUCACGUAAUCUCCCAUGCGCUCUCUCACGGGCUCUCACACAUUCCGUCGCACUCCCUCUUGCGCAUUCUCUCUCUCACGCGCUCUCUCAUGCACACUCUCUCGCACUCUCUCUCGCACACUCUCACGCGCUCUUUGAUGCAAUCUCUCACGCGCUCCUUCACGCGCUCUCUCACGCACUCUCUCACGCACUCUCUCACGCACUCUCACACGCUCUCUAACACGCGCUCUUUCACUUGCUCUCUCCCGCUCUCCCUCACGCACUCUCUCAUGCGCUCUCUCACGGGCUCUCACGCACUCCCUCAUGUGCUCUCUCUCGCGCACUCUCUUGCGCAUUCCCUCUGUCACGCGCUGUUUCUCGCGCACUCCCACGCACUCUCUCACGCGCUCUCUCAUGCGCGCCGCAUUCUCACGCGCUCCAUCACGCGUACUCUCUCGCGCAUUCUCUCCCUCACGCGCUCUCCCGCGCGUUCUCUUGCACAUUCUCUCUCUCACGCGCUCUCUCAUGCACACUCUCUCGGACACUCUCUCACACACUCUCACGCGCUCUUUGAUGCAAUCUCUCAUGCGCUCCUUCACGCGCUCUCUCACGCACUCUCUCAUGCACUCUCUCACACGCUCUCUGACACGCGCUCCCUCACAUGCUCUCUCACGCACUCUCUCACGCACUCUCUCACGCGCUCUCUUACGCACUCUCUCACGGGCUCUCACACACUCCCUCACGUGCUCUCUCUUGCGCACUCUCUUGCGCAUUCCCUCUGUCACGCGCUUCUCACGCGCUCCCUCACGCGCACUCUCUCGCGCAUUCUCUCUCUCACCCGCUCUCCCGCGCGCUCUCUUGCGCGCUCUCUCACGCGCUCUCUCCCUCGCACUCUCACUCACACUCUCGCGCACUCUCACGCACACUCUCACGCGCUCUCUCACAUGCUCUCUCACGUAAUCUCUGAUGUGCUCUCUCACGGGCUCUCAUGCAUUCCGUCGCACUCCCUCUCGCGCACUCUCCUGCGCAUUCUCUCUCUCACGCGCUCUCUCAUGCAAACUCUCUCGCACACUCUGACGCGCUCUUUGAUGCAAUCUCUCAUGCGCUCCUUCACGCGCUCUCUCACACACUCUCUCACACACUCGCCCACGCGCUCUCUCACGCGCUCUCACGGUCUCUCUCACGCGCUCUCUCACGGGCUCUCACGCACUCCCUCACGUGCUCUCUCUUGCGCAAUCUCUCACUCGCUCCUUCACGCUCUCUUUAAUGCAAUCUCUCACGCGCUCCUUCACGCGCUCUCUCACGCACUCUCUCACGCACUCUCUCACGCGCUCUCUGACACGCACUCUCUUAUCUGCUCUCUCACGCACUCUCUCACGCACUCUCUCACGCGCUCUCUCACGCGCUCUCUCACGGGCUCUCAUGCACUCCCUCACGUGCUCUCUCUCGCGCACUCUCUUGCGCAUUCCCUCUGUCACGCGCUCUUUCUCGCGCACUCCCACUCGCACUCCCAUGCGCUCUCUCACACGCUCUCUGACGCGCUCUCUCUCGUGGACUCUCACGCGCACUCGCUCUCUCACGCGCUCCCUCACGCGCUCUCUCACCCACUCUUUCGCGCGCUCCCUCACGCGCUCUCUCACGCGCACUCUCAUGCGCUCUCUCACUCGCACUCUCACGUGCACUCUCACGCGCAUUCUCAUGCGCACUCUCACACGCUCUCACACUCUCCUUCGCGCGCUCUCUCACGUGCUCUCUCACACACUCUCUCACGCGCUCUUGCACGAGCUCUCGCAUGCGCACUCUCACGCGCUCCCGUGCACACGCUCCCCCUCGCGCUCCUCUUCUUUAAAUAG